UGGGAAGAACAAAAACCGCAGAGAGAGAGAGAGAGAGAGAGGGAAAAACAAAUUUAAUUAGGGAUUGAGGCUUUAACUUCCAGAGUCACUCAGAGUCACAGCAGCAGCCAAGAGGAAGGAGAGCAAUGUCGGACUAUCUUCCCGACGAAGUGGUGGUCGGCAUCCUCCAGAGACUCCCAGUGAAAUCCCUAAUCCGAUUCAGGUGCGUUUCCAAAUCAUGGAAGUCUCUCGUCGCCAGCCCUGCCUUUGUUCAUUCCCAUCUCAAUCAAUCGAUUCCAAACAACAACAAUCUCCCACACCCACUCUUAAUAGUCAGACACUGCUUUUCUAGUGUCCAUAGAGCUCUCGAUAAAGAGCACUACAAAUUGUUCUACGAUAAUGAAGCAUUCGAGGAGUGUGCGGAAUUUGAUUUCCCAACAAAAAGCCGUAGUCUUAAACAUUUUAGGUUAAUUGCAUCUGAGAAUGGUUUGAUAUGUCUUUCAGAACAAGAGCGCUAUGUUCUUUGGAACCCGUCGAUUCGAAAAUGUUGGAAUCUUCCAAAACCUUGCAUUACGGCCAGGAAGCACAGUGGCUCUACUUGUCACGAAGCCUUCGGAUUUGAUCCGCGGACCAACGAUUAUAAGGUGGUGAGAAUUGUAAUUCAUCAUUCGACCAAGGAAGCUCCGGUUGAGGAAGCUCUGGUUGAGAUUUACUCUGUUAGCACAUGCUCCUGGAGAUUAAGCAGUGCCUCUUUAACGCCUUCGACUAAUUUUACUGAUUGGAGGCAACCCAAAGCUUGCUUAAAAGGCUCUGUCCAUUUUGCAGCACGUCGUCAGCGGAAUGGGACUGGGAUUGGAUUUGUAUUGGCGUUUGAUCUGCGUGAUGAAGUGUUUCACGAGAUGAUCUUUCCACAUCAUAUGACCCGCUCGCACACUGAUAUUGUUACUUGUGUGUUUAGCGGAUCACUUGCUUUGUUAUGUUAUGAUAAGAAAAAGUUCUUUUGUUCCAUAUGGGUGAUGAAAGAGUAUGGUGUGGUUGAUUCUUGGGUGAAACAGUUCACUAUUGAUAUAGCCGGAGGAAUUGAGAAAAAUGUGCUAGGUUUCAGGAAGAAUGGUCAUAUAAUAUUGGAGAUUAUGAAAGAAGUUAAUUAUUGGGAGCUCUUCUCGUACGACCCUGUAUGCCAACAAGCUACAAAAUUGGAAAUACAGAAGAAUAUGCACACAUUUGGUGUUGACACAUACAGGGAGAACCUUGUCCUACUCAACCAAGCGAAUGUAGUUUCCAGAAGAGGAAAAACCAAGAAGAGGAAAAAUAGGUAAAAGCGUAAUUCACCU